AUGGUAUUAGUGCUCCUGCCUCAGACCGUGUGCAAAGGUGCCAUUGUUAAAUGCAACAUUGGUGACCCUCUUGCUUUUCGUCACAAAUAUUUUCAGUCUGGCAACCUCACAAUCGGUGGCAUCAUUUCUCAGAUCUUCAUCUUUUCUAACCAAAUAACAUUUGAGAGACAUCCCUCUCAGGAACUGGAUGAUGAGGUCAUGGUACUGACUCAGACCUACCAGCACAUCCUGGCCUUGGCAUUUGCUGUAAAGGAGAUCAAUGAACAUCCCCAGAUCUUAUCCAAUGUCUCCCUUGGCUUCCAAAUCUAUAACAGCCAUUUCAGUGCAACAUGGGCCUACCGUGCCUCAUUGGAACUUCUCUCCUCUCAGGGAUUCACACCUAAUUAUAAGUGCGACAUGCAGAAGAAUUUGAUAGCAGUCAUUGGGGGACCAAGCUCCAACAUCUUUCUCCAAAUGGCAACUAUUCUUGGCACCUACAAGUUUCCCCAAGUUGCAUAUGGUUCUGCUUCAGUAACACAUAAUGGUAUGCAAACUGUUUUACUUCACCAGAUGUUCCCAAAUGGGGAACAUCAAUACAGAGGGAUCCUUAAGUUACUGCUUCAGUUUAGGUGGACUUGGAUUGGUGUGAUAACUCUAGAUGAUGACAGUGCAGAGGGCUUUGUGCAAAAGGUGCUUCCCGUUUAUACCCGGUGGGGUGUAUGCUACGACUUCAUAGUGAAACUACCCCAAAUAACUUUUUCUAGUGGCAUCACUGGAAUGAUUCAAGACAGUUUUGGAAUACUACAAGUUAUCAUGAAAAGCACUGCCAAUGUGUUGAUCAUACAUGGUGAAAUUCAUACUAUAAUGGUUUUAAGAAUGUUGAACCACUUGUCAGAAUUUGAGGAUACACAAAUGAAAAUAAAAGGUAAAGUCUGGAUUAUGACUGCCCAAAUGGAUUUCACAUCACUGCCCAUUCAAAGAAACUGGGCCAUAGACUUCAUCCAUGGUGCUCUCUCCUUUGCAAUUCACUCAGAGGAGCUGUUAGAAUUCCAGAAAUUUCUUCAGAUUAGAAACCCUUACUCAGAAAAAGAAGAUGGCUUUAUCAGGGACUUCUGGAAGCAGACAUUUCUUUGUGAGUUCCCCACCUCUAUCAUAGACCAACAGGUUGGGAAAAUUUGCACUGGUGAGGAAAAGUUGGAAUCUCUUCCUGAAUCUAUUUUUGAAAUGAGAAUGACUGGCCAUAGUUACAGCAUCUACAAUGCUGUCUAUGCUGUAGCACAUGCUUUGCAAUCCAUGCAGUCAUCUACACUUCAACAAAGAACAAUGAUGGAUGAAGGAAGAUGGAAACUUCUGAAUCAACACCCAUGGAAGUUCUACUACUUACUGAGAGAUGUCUCGUUUAAUAACAGUGCUGGAGAAAAGGUGUCCUUUGACCAAAAUGGUGAAAUACUAGCUGGAUUUGAUAUUAUUAACUGGGUCACAUUCCCAAACCAGUCCUUUCAGAGAGUCAAAGUUGGAAAGACAGACCCACAGACUCCUUCAGACAAAGGACUUUCUGUUUGUAAGGAUGCCAUUACAUGGCCCAGCAGAUUUAAUCAGGCACUGCCUCUUUCUCUGUGUAAUGACAAUUGCCAACCAGGUCAUAGCAAGAGAAAGAAGGAAGGGGAGCCCUUUUGCUGCUAUGAUUGCCCCCCAUGUCCAGAAGGGAAGAUCUCAGACCAGAAAGACAUGGAUAUUUGUUUUCAAUGUCCAGAAGAUCAGUAUCCAAACCCUGAACAGAAUGUAUGCAUUCCAAAAAAGAUCAGCUUCUUGUCUUAUGGUGAACCUUUGGGGAUAAGCCUGGCCAUUCUUGCACUUUCUUUUUCUUUCAUGACAGUACUGGUCCUUUGGGUCUUUGUUAAGCACCAGGACACUCCCAUAGUCAAAGCAAACAACCAGAACCUGACCUACACUCUCCUCGUCUCCCUUCUGCUCUGCUUCCUUUGUGCUUUGCUGUUCAUUGGUCAGCCUGUGAAAGUGAUGUGCCUCCUUCAGCAGCCUGCUUUUGGCAUCAUCUUCUCAGUGGCUAUUUCUUGCAUAUUGGCCAAAACCAUCACUGUGGUUCUUGCUUUCAUGGCCACAAAGCCAGGCUCCCGCAUGAGAAAAUGGUUGGGGAAAAGAUUAACCAACACCAUUGUUCUUUCCUGUUGCUUUAUCCAAGCAUGUAUGUGUAUUAUCUGGCUGGCAACGACUCCCCCAUUCCUAGAUGUUGACAUGUUCACAAUGCAUGAAGAAAUCAUAUUGCAAUGUAAUGAGGGUUCAGCUAUCAUGUUCUACUGUGUCCUGGGCUUCAUGGGUUUCCUAGCCUUCAUCAGCUUCACUGUGGCUUUCCUAGCUAGGAAGUUGCCUGAUACUUUUAAUGAAACCAAAUUUAUCACUUUCAGCAUGUUAGUGUUUUGCAGUGUUUGGUUGUCCUUUAUUCCAACUUAUCUGAGUAGCAAGGGGAAAUACAUGGUGGCUGUGGAGAUCUUCUCUAUCUUGUCCUCCAGUUUUGGGCUAUUGGCUUGCAUCUUUUCCCCCAAAUGCUAUGUCAUUGUGAUGAGACCUGAGGUAAAAAACAGAAGUCUUCUGAUAAGAAGGAACUGA